UACAAAACACUGUAGGAAGACUCCCCUGCGUUCCCCUGGUUAUCAGGUCUGGGUGAUGAGUAGGUCCCCAGUUAGUAUCGCUUGGGGUCAGGCAGGAGGAACGCACAGGGGCUGGACAGGACUGGAGGGAUGGACUGAGGGGGAAGGGAGAGAGGAGAAUAACGGUGUGGGGUUUGUGCGAGACUGCGGACACAGAAACAGCCCGCAUUAACGCGUUUCAUCGCAUCACAAGGCAGUAUUAAAGGGACACACACUCCUGGAGGUUUCAGCCCUGGGGAUUCAGGGACGUAAAGAAUGAUUUGCUGAUCCAGUUGCUGUUGCCAGAGGCUUCCAACCACUUCCACUCCAGGACUGUCCUUCAUAGACCUGCUCAGUUUGUGAAUCAGAGUCCCUCACACACACAUACACAGUCGACCCUACUCAAACAUACCAUUCAUAUACACGCUGUCAUGGCCAACAUAUAUCCGUACGGCUGCUUCACUCAUGCUGUGGUCAGAGGUAUCCCAGAAUCCUUUGGGAAGUUGGCGGAGGGUGGCGAAGGGUUUCAGACGGACCUCGCCAAGGCCCAGCGUCAGAUGGGGGUGCUGACAGGCGCGCUGAGGCAGAAGGUGGGGCUGCAGCUGAUAGAGAUCCCAGCCGCCUCAGAGCUGCCCGAGAGCUGGCGGAUCGAAGACGUGGCUGUGAUCCAGGGCGACACGGCGCUCAUCACGCGACCCCUCAAGCAGCAGAGGCACGCUGAGGCGGAGGCCGUGAGGCGCGUCCUGAGCGAGCUGAAGCUGACGGUGCUGGAGAUGGGCGACGAGGAGGGCAGGUCUGCUGGAGCCACUCUGGAAGGAAGUGAUGUCCUCUUCACUGGAAAAGAGUUCUUUGUGGGCAUUUCGAAACACACCAAUCACCGUGGGGCAGAAGUUUUGGCCGACACCUUCAAGGACUUUGCGGUGUCCACUGUGCCAGUGUGUGGAGGCUCUCGUCUGAAGAACAUCUGCUCCAUGGGCGGCCCCGACACCAUCAUCAGCAGCAGCAGCAGCGACGGGGCCAAGAAGACACUCCGAGUGAUGGAGCAGCUGACUGACCAUCACUACGAGAUCUUGUCUGUGCCCGAGGACGUCGCUGCUAACUGCAUUUACAUCAGAGGUCCUGCUAAAGUGGACUUCCUCCUGCACCCCACAGCCGAGGAGUGUCCCAACAGUGUUCCUGCUUUUCAGCGCUUGACGGACUACACCCUGCUGCCCACCGCCUGCAGCGAAGCCUCCAGACUCGGCGCGGCGCUGUCCUCCCUUUGCCUGCUUAUCAACAAGAAACCCAACUAUUGAGACAUUCACCGCAUAAUCAUAUUCACUUUCUUUACAUCUUCCCUUUUCUUGUGCGUUCACUUCAGCCUGAGGUUUUAGGGGCUGCAGCUGUCCAUGUUUCUCUUGUGCUUUCAUUUCUUAGCUCUCUCAUAUGCAGGUUUGUUUAGAUUUGGAUAAUGGACACACAUUAUGAGUGUAUUAUAAUAAAUGGCCUUGAAAUAAACACACAGUGAGCCUGAGAGGUUAAAGUGAUGGCUCACCCCAAAAAUAGAUUCUGUUGUUGUUUACGCCUGUUCCAGUUCAGGGGUUUUUAAUUCUGGACCGCAAGCUCCAACCGUGAGCAAACAUAUGGUCUUUUUUUUUUUAGCGGUCCUGAACACUGAGGUCAGCUUGUUCAUGUGCGUUUGAUCAGGAUUGUGAACCCCGGCUCAAACGUCUUAUAAGACGUGGAGUUUCAUGGCUUCUGUAGGUCUAUUCUGCUAUUAAAGGUAGUCAUGUACAAUAAUUUAAUUGCUUUUCAGCCCAAUUAAGAUGUGCGUUAGUGGACAAAUCAGAUCAUAGAUUGCUGUACUGUGGCAGAGUUAAAAUCAAGCACAGGACCAGUUUCUUAUCUAACCCUAACCAAAAGCUGCAUAUUAACCUGAACACAACACACUAACUUGUGGGAAUGGGAAGUACGUUGAGGCUGUGAUAUAUGAGGCCACAGAUUGUUUAGUCAAGGUAGCAGCAUCCUUGCUGUAUGUUAUGGCGUCAGUGUAAUGUGCUUUUCAAUUUCAUAAUGCAAAAAGUACUUUUUUUGGUAGGUUGUUUCCCCUCAAUUGUAUUGACAGUAUUACAAAAACAAAAUCUGUUUGCUAUCGUGACCAGUUUACAUGAACAUGAUUCAUUUAAAACAAGAAAACAUGAAUGCCUUCAUCUCCAAAAAGGCUCAGUUCUAAGAUAUUUUUGAUAUGUAUUAGUCCAAUAAAAAUUAUUUCAGUUGCUUGUAUAACAUGCACGAAGGGUUAGGGUCCAUGACAAAUUUCAUUCAUUUCCUCCAGGAGACAAAGGUCUACAGCACCUGUUCGGACAU